AUGUUGCAUGAUAUUAUUUGGUUGAGAACGACGAAGCUUAAACAAGACCAAAAUACAGAAAAGAAAUUAGGAAAAAAGAACUUUAAGUGCUUAAAGCGUCUUCAUCCGUUACGAGAAAUGAAAGCAUGGAAGCUUUGUAUGAAGACGAUAAAAACGAAGCAAAAUCAAACUUGGAACGAAAUUAAAUGA